GCCUUUUUACAAUUUCGAGUCCAGCAAUUGAAAUUGAGUCAGGCCUCUCUCUCUCUCUCUCGCGGUUCGCACGCACUAGGCAGAGAGAGAGAGAGUCCGUCGCGAGGGGGUCGUCAUCGUCUCCAGCGAUAUCAUCAUCAUCAUCACGGUUUCGCGUUCAAAUGUCAGAAGCUUCUCGUAGGCGGAGUAGGGUCACUAUCACUCUAGGCCGUAACGGCCAGGUGGUAAGUCGAGAUGGAUGUGAUUUAGAGUUAGAGGAUGAGUUGCUGCCCAAAGUUGGCACCAAGCGUUCUGUCAAAGAAAGAUUAGGGAGCCAGUUAGAUAGUGAUGCGGUGGUCAGUAAAAGGCAAAAAGGGGAAGCUAGUUUCAGCGGAAAUGAUUUGCAGAUCAGUCAAAGUGAUCUCCGGUUCAAACUCUUGCAAAGAGAUGCAAAGAGACGAACUCAGAGCGAUGGAGGCAGCGCUAUGGAUCUUCGUGAAAAGCUUCUCUCCAAGAGUGAGCACCCUCCUCCUCCUCCUCGUAGCCUUGAUAGUCGUCCUCGUAUGGCUGAGCCAAGGGAUGGCCCGUUACCUCCUUCAAGAACUCUCCGUGCUCCCUCUCACAUGCUUUCAUCGAGCAGUUACUAUUCCCCACGGACCCUGGAUGAUAUAGGAAGGAGAUCGCCAGAGAGGCGUGUGUGUACUUCGAGGGGUCGGUCGCCUCCAAGGAACGCUGGAAGUAUCAGUGACACUGCGAGGGAUCUAUCACCGCCAAGGAACACCAGAAGCUUCAGUGGUGGUGCUAGGGCUGCUGUAUCACCGUCGAGAGACGCUCGGAGAAUAAAUGGUUAUCCAAGGGAUCUAUCACCACCAAGGAACACUAGAAGCUUCAGUGGUGGUUCUCGGGAUGCUCGAUCACCGCCAAGAAACGCUGGAAGAAUAAAUAGCCAUCCAAGGGAUCUGUCACCGCUCAGACAUGCUGGAAGAAGGGAUCUAUCGCCGUCAAGAACUGCUGGAAGGAUAAGUGGCCAUCCAAGGGAUCUAUCAGUAUCACCACCGAGAAAUGCUGGAAGAAUGAUUGGUCAUCCAAGGGAUCUAUCAUCGCCAAGAACAACUGGCCAUCCAAGGGAUCUAUCACCACCACUUAGAGAUUCUGGAAGAACAGUUGGCCAUCCAAGGGAUCAAUCACCACUUAGAGAUGCUGGAAGGAUAAUUAGCCAUCCAAGGGGUCUAUCACCGCCAAGAACCGCUGGAAGAACAGUUGUUCAUCCAAGGGAUCUAUCACCGCCAAGGAACACAAGUAACUUCAGUAGUGGCUAUAGGACACUGUCCCCAACUAGAAAUGUUGGAAGCAGCUACAUGAGUUCUUCUCGUGGGUUUUCCCCUCCUAGGAAUCCUGGAAGCUACAUGGGUUCUUCAAUGGGUUCGCCUCCAUCAAGGAACAUGGAUGAUUUUACCGGACGAAGCAGGAUGCUUGAUGAUGUGAGAGCGUCGCCUUAUGGAGUCAGAGGUGUACUAAAUAGUCAAGCACCACCAGCAAAUUGCUCUACUUUCUCCAGGCCAAUGUUACCUCCUCCUGUCCCAAACCCUUAUCCAUUGCCUCCUUUAAGUCAGCUUCCUCCAUUUGGAAGUAUUAUGCAGAACAGUCCCUUCCCUGUGGAAGAGACUCUAACAGUAGACAGCUUUCUAGAUUCACUUGGACUUGGAAGAUACUCCCUUGCCUUUAAGAGAGAGGAAGUGGAUAUGACAACGAUAAAGCAGAUGAAAGAAAGUGAUCUGAAAGAUCUCACCAUACCAAUGGUUCUGUCCUUUUUGAUAUUUCUAAAACAAUUAAGAUUGAUCUAUUCUUUUAGCAGAUUUCUUGAACUUUUUGGUACCAUUUCUAUUGAUUUUUAAUGCAGGGUCCAAGGAAGAGGAUUCUUCAGGCGAUAGCUUGUCUUCCAAGACUAUAGCUAUGAGAAACGGCGUUUGGUGGUCUCUCGCUGAUUCUCACUCUUUUGGUCUUGUUGGCCUUUUUUUUUUUUUUUUGCAGAUCCAAACUAAGGAAAUGUGUUUGAGAUUCAGAAUCGAAACUCCUCCCUCCGAAUUGACUGUAGGCAGAAUUUUCCGCUGUAGUUCUUCUCUGUGAUGCAGUUUUUUUUGUUUUUGGACAAAGUUGUUGACAGAACUUAACUACACUCGUGCCAGGGUUUCGUGUCUUAUUUUGAAUGUGACUGGCACGAGAGCUGUUUCUAGCAACCAACAAGCAUAUAUAAAAAGCUUUUGGCUAGUUUA